GCAGAGGCCAGUGAAGCUAUUUCCCCUUUUGUGUCAACAACAUGACGCUGAUGAAAUGCAUGUUCAUUGUUCUUCUGAGCUGUCUAUGUCAAGCUACUCAAAACUCAUCUACUCAAACAACGAAUGUCCCAGUGACAUCAGAUGGAAAUAAUACAGAGCUACAAGAGGAAGUUAACAGGGACCCUUUCAUAGACCGACUCUCUGGUAAAUGCAGUUGGACUCUCAGGAUGCCGGGAAACAGCAGCAGUGGCAAGGUGGCACUCUUAUCAAAUAAGACAGAUUUAGCUGAACGUGUUUGUCGGGGUCUCGACUGUGGCAGUGUCUAUCAUGUGAAUACAACCCGCUCACCUCCCAAUACCACCUGCUUUCAUGACUGUUUGUACCAAGAUGGUCGUCUGCAGAACUGCUCACAGAGCGUGGGAAGUCACUGCACUGUGAUCACUGAAGCUGUAUGUGGCCACCAGGCUGUGCGGCUGGCAGGGGGAAGAGACCGCUGUGCUGGACGGGUGGAGUUAUGGAGAGAUGGGAGAUGGGGCACAGUGUGUGAUGACCAGUGGGACCUGAGGGAUGCUGACCUGGUGUGCGCCCAGCUCGGCUGUGGUUACGCCCUCAAUGUAACGGGACAGGGUGGUCCCUUCCCCUCAGGCAGAGGGCCCAUCCACCUGGACGAGCUGAACUGUACGGGCAAGGAGGGGAACCUGUGGGCCUGUCCGGCCGCUCACAACGACACCGACUGUGGACACAAAGAGGAUGCCGGGGUCGUAUGCUCAGAGAUGAGAGCAGUCAGACUGACGGGAGGCUUGGACCGCUGCUCUGGUAAAGUGGAGAUCCAUCGUAAUGGCAGCUGGGGGACGGUGUGUGAUACCUGCUGGGACAGCGACAUGGCCUCCAUGGUGUGCUCCAUGCUGCAGUGUGGCAUGGCUCUGAAAUCCACCCAGUUUGAUUUUCCUCGCGCACACAACAAUGGGACACUGUGGUUCUAUCAAUGCGCCUCAAAAGCCAAGAACCUGUGGCAGUGCAAAGAGUACAUCAAUGCACCACAUCUGUGCUCCACCUCGAAAUCAUCUUAUCUUAUCUGCAAUGGUUCCCUCGGGUUGCCUACAUUCACCACAGAUAAUGUAACUGCAAUUAUCCAUGGAGUGACAGUUACAACAACCACCAUCAGUCCGCCUGGAAAGCUCUUCAUAGUGUCCCCAGAGCUGCUCACCUCCAUGUCUCUGUCUGUGGUGCUCUUCGUGCUUCUGAUCACAAACACGGUGCUCUGCUGCCAUUACAGAAGAAGACACGCUUUCUUACUACAGCAGACACGCUCCGGCCAACCAUUUUCCUCUUCCUCUGCACAUCGUCACAACGAUUACCACGACGCUGUCAAUCUCGUCAAAGUCACUGCCAACCCGCAGCAGACAGAUGAUUCUCAGCGGUACAGAACGGACGUGAACCCUUUGAUGACACCUUCAGGUCUUAACAGCCUACGUGAGGAAGGCCCUGAAACCACAAAUGGAGUGAUGCGAGCCUUAACAAACUAUAAUGGUCUUCAAAUAAGCGAUCCAUAUGCCCGGGUGUCGAAGAUCACAGAGGACUCAUUUGAUAGCUCCAGCACCUCAUCCGGGGAAUGCUACGAAAACACAAAACCUGAUGAUAUCACAGAGCCAGGACCAGGCCAGUCAUUCGUUGUCAACGGUACCCCUGAUCCUCCAAGGUUCUUCUUCAGCAAUGACCAGAUGUACUCUGGACAACAAACAAACCUGCAGAAUUCAGAUGAUGAAGACGAUGGCCCUAUCUACUCUCCUGUGAGCCCUGACUGCGACACAUCAUCUGAGGAUGAGUAUGAUGACGUAGGAUCAUAAUAGCAAACAGAGGAGGUAACUCCAGGUCACACAGACCAGGAACCUGUCAUGUAAGACCAAAUACCAGCAUAAAUUUUGUGAUUUAUGGGCAAAAGAAGUCUACAUUUAGGUUAAAACUGGGCUCAAUUCAGUUAUAACGUGCAAAUAGACGACAUAUAAACAU